CUCAAUAAACAAAUGUUUCAUAUUACGAUAUCCUACAUACAUAAUAUUGAUUAAAUUAUUUUUAAAGACAAUAAUUUUUUUUAAUUUGCACAUUUUUCAAUAAUGAAAUAUAGCAAGAUGUAAAUGGUUUUAUUUGCUCUACAGUCAACAGAACUCCAAUCAAUUGAUUCUAACAGUCAGCAACAUGAAUAACAGAUGCAGCAUUUGAUUUAUGAUAGUAGUAGAUUUAUUACCAGUAGUACAAAUGAGAAUAAAAACAUCCUUUAUAUGAUUAACCCACAGAUUUUGCAUAGUGAAAUAAUUCUUAAACAGAUUUCACUGAUAUCUAGUAUAACUUCGUAUAAAUCCCUAUAAGGAAUAGUGGUGCCGAUGUAGACUAUGUUUAUAAAGUGGGUAACCAGCAACAACCUAGUAACAAUUAUAAAUUUCAGUAUAGUAGUGAAGCAAAACACAUGGCCUUGGCAAAUGAUUGUUCUGUCAUUUUAAGGCUUGAUCCCAAAGGCACCACUGCACAACAAAAACAUCAAUCUUGUACUGUUGUGCAUCAAUGCUUGAUAAACCUGAUGCUAAUUCAACACCACUAUUUGAUAGCAUUUCAAGCAGUAAAAGUGAAAUUGAAAUCACACCCAUUAUUAAAGGUCUUUUGUUAAGUGUAUCAGAAUCAAAUAAAUAUACCAUUAAGAACUGUAAUGACAUAAAGAAUCUAAAACAAAAUAACGAAACUUCAGAGUUUACCAAUAAAUAUAAACUCUAUACUGUAAAAUAUGAAUUAAAAACAUUAAAAUCCUCUAAAUAUUAUAACCGUAAUUAUACAACCAAAGUAUUACCUCUAAAAAGAAGCUCAUCGAUGCAUCUAGUGGCUUCCUCGUCAUCAACAUUACCACUUAAGCGCAGUCAAAGUGAACUAAACCUUCACGGUAAAGAAAAAACUGUACCACAAUUAAUUUUCAAUUCAACAUCUUCCACUGCAACAAUAGUUGAUAACAAACCGUCCAUGAAUAACAAAUUUAUAGAGACCAGUAUAAAAACGUGUACACAGGAGUUUCUAGGGCUGCAGGUCCCUGUAUUAAAGGAAGAAGAAAAACUACCACUUCCAGAUAAAUUAACUAGUUUUACAUCAAGGAUGCUUAAUUCCAUAUUAAAAAACUCUAAAGGUAUAUAUAAAAAUGAAAACUCAAAACAAUCCAGCAUAAUGGAUAUAUCAAAUACAAAUGAAAAUGAACAAAAUCGUAUACAGGCAGAUAAUAGUUCAAAUUCAUCAUAUAAUAUUGCAUUGAUGCUUCAAGAAAAUAAUACUGAAAAUAUUACUGGUUUACCAAAUAGUUCUAAUAUUUCUACAGCUCUAAUCUAUGAAAAUAUACCAUACAGCAGUAGUAGCCAGGUGUCUUCGAUAGAAACAGGUUGUUCAAACUCAACUGUACCAAAUACAAGUUCAAGUGUUGAUGAAAAAUUAUGGGGAAAUUCUAAUAGUCUUGUACAUGAUAUUGAACGUAGUGUUAAUAUUCUCAAGAGUCUUGUUGAUGCAAAUAAACUUGAUAAACACGUUAAAAAGCGCCUCAUACACCAUGUAAUUAAAAGACUUGUUAAUGCUAAGUAUACAGAUGAUCAAAUCAAACAUAAUUUAGAAGAAAAUGUACCAUGGGAUCCAGCUGAAGGAAGAAAUAAAGUUCACCAAGCAGAAAUUUUACAAGCUCUUGCUAAGAAUAUUACAGAAUCAUCAGAAGAUUUGAAGCCAUUACAAAAGAGAAAAAAUAUUAAAAAAUCAGCAUCAACAAAUGAAUUUAGCACCAUUAAGGAUAUUAUCAAUAUACCUACUGAAAUAGAAAGUAGUAACAGUGACAAACUUGAUAGAAAUAUAGAUAGAACUACAAUAGAUGGACGAAAUGCGAGCGUGGGUUUGCAAGAUGAUGAUUGUAACAAACAUAGUAGUAAUUUACUAAUUACCAAAAGUGAAAGUUCUGAAUGUUUUUUACCUCAACAAAGAUAUAAUAAAAAUAAUAAAAUGAAAGAUAUAUUCAUAACUUCUACUUCACUGCAAGAGAAAAAUAGAGCAUUUUUAGAUGCUGUUAUUAAUAGCAGACAAAAUCAAAUAGAAUCAAGCAAUGAACCUGAUAGAAGUAUGAAUUGGCGUUUACCAGCCACUCUAUCGGAGCGUAUGUAUAAAUUUCGUCAAUACAGUAAUUCUGAUUCAGAAGAUACAAAACUUGUCUCAUAUGCAAAAAAGGAAAAACGCAAUCAGCUCAUAUGGAUAAAUAAUGAAAUAAAUCAUUUAUCAAAUCUUAAAAAACUUCUUGAAGAAUCAAAAAUAAAAUCUAAGAAACUUGGUAAAUUUUCAUUUAAAACAGUCAAUCAUCAGCAACAAGCUACUGACAAUAAUCUAUUGAGCAAACAAUGGUCUUCUCACAAUAAUCUCGCAAACAGUUCAUUGCUAAUCAAUACAAACACAAUCAGACAUUUUAAAAAACGUAAUAGCUGUACACAAACAGCUACUAAACAUUCAUUUGCUUAUUCAAGAACUGGUAGUGAAAUUGUAUCAGCAAAAGUUGAAAGCUCCAACAUAAAAUUGACAAAUGCUUAUAUACAGACAUUACAACCACUGAAAUCUCUUACUUCAGAUUUAUCCACUUCAAAGUUAUAUGCAGGUUGUCCAGUUCAUCAAGCUGUUUUUUUGACUUGUACUUGUAGUGAGCAAGUUUGCCUAUUUUGUAGUUCUAAAUAUCCAUUACAUCAUCAGUUACUUACAAAUGAUAAUCCAGAUGUACUUAGCAAAAUUAACUGUAAAUUUAAUGAUGUAGAAAAAGAAAUAAAGAACCAAAUUAAUAAAACUAAAGUAAAAUGUAUGUGUGAGCCGAAUGAUAAAAAAUGCAACAUUCAGAAAGUAGGAAAGCUAAGGAAAUCUACAGAUUAUAAAGAAAUACAUAAUAAACGUAGAUGUGAAGGUUUGAUGUGUUUAUGUAGAAGAUACAAAUUAUCUGAACAGCUUACUGAAGAAUUAUCAAGAAAAUGCAAUUGUGAAGACAAUAAAUUCGUUUCUAAUUUUGAAAAAAUGAAUAUAAAGAAAUUUUCAAAGGAAACGAAAUUUCCUAAUGCUUCUAGUACAGUUUACAAUUGCAAGUGUAAUAAUUUAAAAAAAAGACUUGAGAAUAAUUAUUUUAGUAAGCGAAAAAUUCGACCUUGCUGUUUAGAUAAUUCAAAUAAAGAGAUCAAUAAUUUUUUAGAUCACUGCUGCAUGAUUAAAUCUGAAGAUCAAGAAAAUAUUUAUCCCAGUAUAAACCAUAGUAUGCAAAUGUUCAAUGAUUCAAUAUCAAAUGAAUAUAAAUGUUGUCCAAUUUGUGGUAUGAUUUUUCAAAAUGAACGGAAUUGUGGAUGUGUUAUUAAAAAUUACCCUAAAUCUAUCGCAUACGAGUUAAUUUUUUUUAAUGACAAGAAAAUUAAUGAAAUAGUCUUUCAACAGAAGGUUGAUCUUGAAACCAAAAACGUAGAAAAAGAAGAUUUAAUAUCAAACAAGUUAAUUCAUGAGAAUAAUAUAGAAAGUUGUAUGUGUGAAAUAUCACAGCACACAAUUAAUCUAUACAAUCACAACUACAAUAACGAACAACUAUAUAAAUUGAAUAGUGAGAAAGGCAUAACUUUACAGGAUUAUUUGAUUGCUAACAAUCCUGGUUUCACUGAAAAUGUUGAAAUACGCCGUCAGUAUGUAUCUGAAAUACAACGACUUCGUCAACUUAAGAAAAAGAAACGAGUACAAUUACUGUCAAUGAAAACUAUUUCAACUAAUUUAGUAAUGUCAUCAAAACAAGCUAAAGUUACGAAUUAUACACAGAGGAAAAUUUCUGAUAAAGACAUGAAAAUGAGACUGCGAAAACGAUAUUCUCAGUUAACAGAAAAUCAAACUAAACGUAAACAACAAAAAUUACAACAGGAAACAAGAUGUAACAAACUAAUGGCGAAAAUAUUUUGUAAAAAACUUCAGCAAAAGGUAUUGCGAGGUCAGGUUGACCUAUCUCAAAGCGUAAGCGUUCUUUCAAAUUUAUAGCAGCAAAUAUGCUUGCUAAAGAGAAAAUAUUUGUAAUAUUUUAUUUUA